AUGUAUUUGUUUGUUAGACCCAUGGGUUUAUGUCUGCUUUCUCUUGGGCUAUGUCUGCCUAAACAGUGUGCUGGGUUCGUAAAGAGGCUUCUGUGGCUUCUGUUUGCAGUAGCAAGCCUCUAUUUUAUCCUCUAUAUCAUAGCACUCAAAUCACUAAAAAUUGAAGCAAUAAAUCAGGCAGAAUAUGACGGCAACUUCGUACUGACACUUGAACUAACAAACAGAUUCAUAAUACCAACUCAAAUAAACAAAAUAUCAUUCAUAAAUGAGGAUGGGGAGGAGCAAUCAGACCUAAAUGAGGAGUUUCCGAUCUAUUUGGGAGCAUAUGACAGCAAAGUGAUCGACUUGGAGUAUCCAAUAGAAAUGUAUAAUGAAGUCAUAAUUGCAAUAGAAACAAUGCACAGAGAAAUCAUAGUUAAUACAAAAUUAUAG